AUGUAUGCUGAGGUUUUGCGAAAUAUUCACGGAUUCAUUAUUGACGAAGUGAGUAUGCAACAUCGCGAUGUCUUGGAUUUUGUUGAUCGAUUGUUGCGCUCUAUUGCUCCUCCAAAUUUACAAUCAUCACCGUUUGGUGGCAAGGUUAUAUUUUAAAAUAAGUAUAUUGUGUGUCGGUUUUCGGUUUUAUUUUUUAUUUAAGUUAGGUAAGCGCCCAAUGAUGCUGAUAUUUUAGAAAUAUCAGUCGGAGGGUUGCCCCCAAAGAGGAAGCCUUCGCGCGGCGGUGGGUGUCAGUAGGUUACACAGAGGGAUAAUACAAGGAAACUCAGCUGUAACUGAAGCGAAUUCCUCGGAAUACGAAAGAUGGUGAAAUUGCUGCCUAGAAUAAAGGCACGGCAUAUUACUAUAUUUAUUCCAUGAUUGGAGAUUUACUUCAGGUUGAUAAAUGUUUGGACA